AUGCGAGUCCUUCUAAUUGAAAUACUCCUCUUCGUGGCAACAGCUACACAUCAUGCGCUAGGCUUUACGGGUACGCAUGGGAAUUCGAAAACUACCAAUUUGAACAAACACAUAAAAUCACCAAGCUUCGUCGAUGAAGAAUGUGAACACGAUGCAACAAUCGGCAGAGCUUCCUCUACGCGACGAGCUGCCUUAGAGAAAAUGACAGCUGUCGCGUUGACAGGAACCUUCAUGCCAAAGUCUGCCCUAGCCGUUUCCUCGAAAGCAACUAUAAUUCCUUCGCCUUCAUUUACUUCCGAUGUGUCUUGGCCACUUGGGAAAGUUGCUUUCUCUCUACUUCCUCUUGCAGGCACAUCAUCCAGACGUGCUACAGUUGAAGAAUGUAUAAUCCCUGAUUCUAUAUGGACUCAUGAUCAAAUACAAGGUGUUGUCAACGUUAAUGUUCCUGUUAGACAGACUGUAAUCAAGCUGAAGGGUGGCGGAUUGUGGGUCCAUAAUCCAGUGGCCCCAACGCCGCAACUGAUCCGAAUGAUGAAAUCCCUGGAAGAGAAAUAUGGACCCGUUCGACAUAUCGUGCUUGGAACUGUUGCCUUGGAGCAUAAAGCAACAUUUGGGGCUUUCUCUAAGAGGUUUCCAAGAGCGACCGUGUGGAUCCAGCCAGGACAAUGGGCAUUUCCUGUCGAUCUGUCAAUUGAUUAUCUUGGUGUCAAUCAGAGAGGAGCGAAAUUCCGCGAGUUGCCAGUCCCUGGAAAGAUGGUCUCCAAACGAUUUCAAACUCGGAAACCAUAUCCUCCUCCUGAAUGGGAAGAUGAAAUUGAGUAUGAAGUGUUGGGUCCAUUCAAGUUCAAAUCAGUUGGCGCCUUCUCGGAGACUGCAUUCUACCAUAAGGAAACAAAAAGUCUCCUUGUUACGGACACUGUUGUGAGUGUUACGAAGACUCCUCCACCUAUCAUUCAAGAAGAUCCUCGCGCGUUGAUGUUCCAUGCUCGUGACGACAUCUCGGAGGUUGUCGAAGACACUCCAAGCAAUCGCGAACGAGGUUGGCGACGAAUGGUACAGUUUGGAUUAGUGUUCUUUCCUUCUCAAAUCACAGUAGAGUCCGUAGAAGAUGCAAUCAGUGAAGCCAAAAAUAUUGAUCCUAGGAUGAGCAAUCUUGGAGAUGGUGCUGUGCCAUUCAACCUCUACCCUUGGAAUUGGAACGGCAACGACGACGUUAAGAAUUUUGAAGCAAUUUCAAUGCAAGGAAAGCUCUUUUGUCCUCCAAUUCUGACGAAGUUAAUCUUGGACAGGGAGCCAUCAGAGACCAUCCGAUGGGUACAACGAGUAACAAGCCGGUUCAGUGACAUGAAACGAGUGAUACCAUGUCAUUUGAAUAACAAUGUAAAGGCCUCUGCAUCAGACUUUUCACAAGCAUUUGAUGCUCUCCGUUCGACGUCAAAUAACAUGAAAGCACAGCGACCUUUGGCCGACGACCUGGCACUUCUUCAACGUGUGUCCGAUGGACUCACAAAUCUCGGAGUAAUUGCUCCUAGCUCUGUCUGUGAUGGAGAACCGGCACGAAGCUUUGGCCUCCUCGACCGAUUUUCGAAGCGAUGA